AUGGAUGAAUUUCAAAACCUUGACGUAAAGAUUCCCAACUGUGUUUUGGUUGAAGGUAUUUCAGAUGAAGAUGAUAAAGAGGAAGUAUUUGACUUUUUGAAACAAUAUGGUAAGAUAACAAAGACUGAAAUCAUUUCUGAAGUGGAUUCUGAGUUUGAGGGCCAGUUUGUGGUUGAAUUUAGCAGUGGUACAGCAGUAGCUGAAUUGCGUUCCAUUCUACCAUAUUCAUUCAAAUCAGCUGAGAAGUCAGAUACAUUUUUUAUUUAUGAAUUAGCUGUUGUGUAUGCAGAACAUCUUGCACGGAAUAAAACUCAUUCUUAUUUACUUGAUUUACAGAAACUUGCAAAGCAUUCUGGCAUGGAUCUUGCAGAGGUGUUAAAAUCCACGAUGACUCAGAUUGGACAAUCAGUUGAUGAACUUCACUCAGCUGCUAAGAUGGAGGAUCCUGAUGAGAAGUCUGAGGUUACGGCAGCAACAAUGACGAAAGAGCCAACAUCGUCAACUGCCACUGAUCCUAUAGUUCCCAGACUGAGAAAACAACUGACAGAUGUACAGCGGCAGCUGGCUAAGCUAACAUCCACCACCACCCAGCCAAGGAUUACAUCACAACCUAAGGUAACACACAGUAAGCAGGGUGUAAAAGGGGGCAAUAUAGUGACAUCCCAGCAGUCCCCACCAGUUCAGGUUAAACCUGGUUAUUGUUUCAGGUGUGGUGAAAACGGUCAUAUUAAGCCACAAUGUAAUAAUGAACCAAAUCCUGCUCUUGUUGCCAGAAAAAGGAAACAGUUUGCUCAGCGACAGCAGAAUGUCUUUCAGAAGAAGUUAAACUAG